GCAAGAUGAGGCCCGUCUUUUGUGGAAACUUUGAGUAUGAUGCACGCGAGAGUGAACUGGAACGUCUUUUCAGAAGAUAUGGCAAGGUUGAGAGAGUGGAUAUGAAAACCGGUAAGUCUUGCUCUUUUGCUCUGGCUUUCUUGUACUUUACCUACCUUGUUUGACUUGGAUGAACGUGCAACCUCAAGUCUUUUAAUCCACGACAAUGUGAUGAACGAGCGCAAGUCAAAUGUAUGUUACAAACUUCACUCCGGUUGUUCCGCGUGAAGGCUCUGAAAGCUCUUCCUUUGGAACGAUGUUCUUGGCAUCUUACCUAAGCAUAGAGGAACUGUCCAUGGUUCAUGACAUUGGCCCUUCAACCGAUAGCACCUGCCUGGACAUGUGAAGCAGCCUGCUGGAUGUUCAGAAAAUGUCUCAGAAGAGAAAAAUCGUAUAAAUUUUUAGCGUAAAUCUGCGGUACUCAACAUUUUCUUUGGCGCAGGAUGUUUCUUGGAAAGUCCAUACCCCACCCGGCCAUGGAUGGACAAUAUGGAAAUCCAUUUCCUGCCAAUGGGGAGCUUCAUGCCCUUUGUCCGAAAAAAAAGAGUCACCCAUCCACGAUGGCUCUAUCAUUCCGUUUUACCGACUUUAUUGCAUUUCAUUCGUCAUGGACUUUGCACUCUUGGCCAUGUCUCUCGGUAGAAACAUACCUCUCCUCACCUCACCACGAGGCAGCAGUUUAAAUGUGGCAAAGACACUAUUUCCAUUGACAUUCCAUGAGACCUCCACGUUUUCAGUUGUUGUUGCUUGACAUAUUAAUACCAUAAUUCAAGGUCUGUAACUGCUUCACUGGUCACUUAGUUCGUAGAGUUUUUAAGUCGUAGGAAGGUUUUCUUAAAUUCUUCUCCGAGUAGGUAAUGACGUCAUUUGAUGCUCUGCUGAAGGAGGGAGACAAUCUUUGCGUUGGAAAUUCCUUUUGCUGGAAGUUCUUAACUCGGUUUACGUUCAUCAUUGUUUAUGUAUUCAUAUUUCUGUUUUAUUUGCUCUGCUCAGGAUUUGCUUUCAUCUAUAUGGAAGACAAACGAGAUGCUGAAGAUGCAAUCCGGGCACUUGAUCGCAUUGAAUUUGGUCGUAAGGGACGUAGACUCCGUGUCGAGUGGACAAAGAAUGAACGUGGAGGUUCUAGACGAUCUGGCGGUUCAAGAAGAUCUUCAUCGGGCACGAGACCUUCGAAAACGCUCUUUGUGAUCAACUUUGAUGCGGAGAGAACUAGGACCCGGGACUUGGAGAGACACUUUGAGCCAUAUGGCAAAAUUGCUAAUGUCAGAAUCAGAAGGAAUUUUGCAUUUAUACAAUAUGAGUCGCAAGAGGAUGCCACCAGGGCCCUGGAUGCUACAAAUAUGAGUAAACUGAUGGAUAAGGAGAUAUCAGUGGAGUAUGCUGUGAAUGAUGGUGAUGUAAGAGGAAGCGGAUACAGCCCUGAAAGGCGGCGUGAUAGGUCACCCGACAGGAGAAGACGGUCUCCUAGUCCCUACAGGAGAGAAAGAGGCAGCCCCGACUAUGGAAGAGGGUCUAGUCCCGGUCCAUACAGGAAGGAAAGGGGAAGUCCUGAUUAUGGCCUGAGUCCUCACAAGAGAGGCAGGCCUGGUUCUGACAACCGGCGCAGAGGCAGUGAAAGCCCUCGGAGGAGGGAAAGGGCCCGAAGCCCCGAGAAUGGCGGUGGGCGUGAAUACAGCCGCAGUCCCUACAAGAGGGAGAAGAAGCUCAGCCCCGAGAAGGGUGAUGCCAGGGACCACAGCCCAUAUGGAAGCAGAAGCCCGAAUGGGAGGGAGAGGUCGAGCCCCGAGAAUGGUCAGGUGGAAAGCCCUGGCUCGGCCCGUGAAUUUGAUGGUGGGGAAAACGCUAACCGCGAGAGGUACAGCAGGUCUCCAGCUGACGAAUGAUUCAAGUGAGUGAAUGAAGAGAUUCGGAAGCGUAGAUGAUGAAGUUGGAAUUGGAAGUGAGGUGUAUUUCUAGUUGUGGGACUCUCUCUCUCUCUCUCUCUCUCUCUCUCUCUCUCUCUCUCUGUGUGCGUCUGUGGGUAGUUUGGUUUCAUCCAAUGUUAAGUUACUGUCUUAAUAUUAUGCUUUUAGUGACUCCUCUCUGUUUUGAACGCUUAUUUAUGCGGAUCGAUGUUAUUUAUAUAUAAAAAUAUGUUAACUUU